GCCACAGUGCCACUGAGCACAGUCCGCAGCCCAGCCGACCGUCGCACAGUGCACUCACUCGUCGUGAGGCGAGCAUAGCUGUCGCAUUAUUGUCCUGAGGAAACCUGGUCGCUGCAUUCAACUCCACGGGUCGCCCAUUCCAUAAUCAGUAUCACAGAUAUUUGUUUCAACCUCUUGAGAUGAUGCACGGCUAGGUUUUGAAGUUACCGCGGAAAAUCAAAAUAUUUUGGAAACCAGAACGGAAAGAUGACCGAAGAAAGUGAUAACAAAACGUUCGAAACAGAUCGGACAAGUUUUCCGGCAUCAGAACCCGUGGUGUGUUUUUGCGAACAGGAGAGAAGCAACUGCAAAAAAUGCAGAGGAAACGCGGACAAGAAAGAGAAAGACUCUCGUAGCCUUUUGACAACUGAGUUGGCUGGCGAAGGUGAAUCUGUCAAAACAUACGCACUCUCCUCUAACUCUCGAAAAGCACCUGAUGGAGGGUGGGGAUGGAUGGUUGCUUUGGGAAGCUUCAUUGUGAUGAUGCUGGUGCCUAUGUUGUUUCCCUGUUUUGGAAUCCUUUUCUCUGGAUACUUAUUAGGAAAUGGAACAUCGUCAGUCACCACAGCCUGGAUAUUCAACAUCCAGGGGUUUCUCUGGAACAUCAUGGGCAUCUUCGUUCAACCCCUAGUGGAUGAAUUCGGAUGGAGAGGAGUUGGAUUCGUUGGGAUUUCUUUGGUGUCUGUUUCUCUCUUCGUUUCUGCUUUCGCGCCUUCUCCGGUCUUUCUCUUUUUCUCUCUCUCGCUGUUGAGUGGAAUUGGAGGAGGACUGGUCACGACGAUGUGCUUCCUCAUCGUCCCAAUUUACUUCGAGACGCGACGAGGAAUGGCCAAUGCCAUCAUGAUGACGGGCAUCUGCUCGGGCGAGAUCUUGGGACCCUUGCUACUUCGCUUUCUGUUGGACGAAUACGGCUUCCUUGGGGCUAACCUCAUUGUUGGAUCACUCCUACUCAACGGGUUUAUUGGGAUUCUGUUCUUCCAUCCCGUUGAAUGGCAUUCACGACAAGCAGUCUACAAGGAGGGGGACUACUUACAAGAUGAUUUGAAACAGUUAAAACCAAACGACAUUCCUAAUCGUGAUACGGUUGUAACAAUAAAGUACGAUGAUACAGAUGAUAGUGCAAGGGGUUUAAUGUUGACGGACCACGCAGUUUACAGAAAAAGAACAAUGUCUGAAAGUAUUGAAUCUUUACCAUUGCGCUAUGAAUUACAAGGCAGUACUUGGACUGUUAUGUCGGGUAACUUACGAGAGGGUUACAGCAAAAAUUGGCCCACUAACACGGAAGACCGUCCAGAAAAAGGAAAGGCCGACGAAACUACCCCAGCGAGAGAGAAGUCCAAACUGGUAUUUGUGGCUGCCUAUCGCAUGGUGAAGACGGCACUGAGAGACCUGGCCGUUCUGAAAUCCCCUAGAGCGGCCAUCAUCGCCACAGGGAACAUGCUCUGUAUGAACAGUGUCAUGAACUUUGUCAUGAUGAUGCCAUUUGCAAUGCAGGAUCUGGGGCAUUCUCUACAGGACUCGGCCUGGUGCCUUUCAGUGUCAGCCGUCUGUAACCUUCUGACGAGGAUGGUGGUUUCUCCUCUUUCUGACUGGCAGAGAUUCAGCAUGAAACUUUGUUACAUGGGAGGAUAUGCUCUCCUGGGACUGAGCAUGCUCAUAUUCCCACUACUGAAAGAUUUGAAAUGGCUAGAGGGCGUGAUGGGCAUCUUCGGUUGUGCACUGGGAGCCAACAUGGCCCUCUACAACCUCGUUAUGAUCGAGUACAUGGGCGUGGAGAACUUGGCCCCAGUCUUCGGUGCAUCUGGUUUAAUGGUGGGCAUUGGUUUCCUGUUCUUCGGCACAAUUUCAGGUUUUGUCGUCGACCUGAGCGGCAGCUACACAGUCAGCAUGUGGAUGCUAUCUGCUAUGUGCGUGACGAGUUUUCUCCUCUGGCUGCUCAUGCCCUCGGCCAUCAACUAUGAUAAGCAAAAAGAGCAAAGAACAAAAGCUGCCAAGUUCGAGGAAGCACAAGCUGACUGACCACCCUCGUGGUGUUAAGGUGUAACGCCAAGACAGUCAGUACGUCCAGUCCAGAGCAGGAUCUUCCCUGCUAAGUCUCGUACCAUUACGAUUUAAGUACAAACUACCAUAGGAGUUAGACUAAGGAAAUGACUUUGUAUCUUAGUUUUAGUAUGUCAUUUUUCAUUAUUUCAAUGCACUAUCGCGUUUUUGUUUAUUGGUUGCCAUAAAAAACAACUCGUGUCUUCCUUUUUUCUAGAUUCCCACGAAUGACACUUCUCACUGGUGUAGAACAACAAAUACAACGAAGCCUUUGAUCUGUCGAAUGCCAUGUUUGCUCAACGACUGACUAUUAAGCGCAAUAAUUUUUAUGUAGCUACACGCGACACAUAAUAUGUCAGUCAGACUUUCAGCAGAACAAAUGUUCAUAAUUGUUACUUGAUAAACGUUCAGUUUGAGGUGAACUCUUCUUUAAGUAUUCCAUUGGGCCGAAAAACUGCAUAAGAAAAAAUAAAACAUUGUGCAUCUGCAUAUUGAAUUCAUUAUUAUCACAGUAACCUGUACUGUUAAACAAAUAACAGUAAAUGUUACUCAUUCCUAACAUUUUAUGAUCCACAUCAAUUACAUAUCAACCGCUUAUGAAAAAAAAUUUCUACUCUAGUAUAAUAGUAUUUCUAUAUAUAACUAGUUCAAGUAAGAUACCAGUUAUUGUUUCGAAAUAUGACGAUUAUCAUUUCAACAUUGACGAUUUAGGAAUAUGUAAUUGUAGUCUAACUUAGAUAAAAAGUGAUUCGGAAUAUUAGACGGUAUUUAUAUACCUAUACCUUAUAUAUAUAUAUAUAUAUAUAUAUAUAUAUAUAUAUAUAUAUAUAU